AUGAUGCCACGAGAGAGCGCUCGUGGAAGGUUGCGUUCCCAUGAGGCCUGUCUCAACUGCAGAAGAAAGAAGACCCGAUGUCCGGCCGAGAAACCGUCCUGUUCAAGCUGUGUCCGACUAAAUCAAGCAUGCCUUUAUACCACAAUACCUAGAGGGUCUCGGGGAGGGCAGUCGGACGAUAGGCUAGCAUUCCUUGAAGAGAAGGUAAACCUCAUCUUAAGUGGCAAAUCAAAUCAAACAAUUCCGUCAGAAAAGCCACAAGAUACAGGAAAGGGAACCUCAGAAACAUACUAUCCUCUCACAACACGUCCACCAUCCAUUGAACCGACCACAGUUAAUGACCCAUUCUUCAUCGGUUUUGGAUAUGAGGAUUCAACCUCUCAGCCGUCAUCAUCUGCGAUCGCUAAAGCUAUUGAUCUUUACUUUGAAUACUGCCAUCGACAACCAAUUUGGUGUUUUGACCGUGAAGACGUCUCAGACCCAGGCUAUCUGUCAGAGGAGUUGGUUUGUUGCCUGCUAGCCUUGACCUCACGAUUCUCAAGAGAUCGUGACCAUUUACAACAUUAUGGGGAUAGUGCAAGAAGCCUGGUCAUGCUUCGUAUGGCCAACGGCACAGUGGAGCUGGAAACCAUUGAAAGUCUCUGUCUGCUCUCUUAUUCCUCAUUUCUAGAUGGGGAUAUACACCUUGGUCGCUUCCAUCUCGGUCUCGCUCUACAUCUUUGUCGGUCAGCUACGCUGGAUCUCGAAUCGAGUCAUGCCGGCGAAGGUCCCAUGACCGAGCGAAAGAAGCGUUUAUUCUGGAGUCUCCAAUGUCUGGAACAGUCUUACGGACAGCAAAAUGGGUUUCUCUGUAUCCCAUCGGAGGUCAUGCGCACCUUCUAUAUUGCCUCCAGUAGCGACCGCGCAAAGCAAGAUGGGACGGAGCCAAAGCCUCCACCGCUGCCGAUAGACGACCUUGGUUGCUCGAAAUCAUCCGAUAUAGGGAUUUGGAGCUUAGCUGCCCAUUUUGGUUGGGUCUGGAGCAGAGUACGAACAUACGUCUCCGAUUGUGCUCUAAAUAGGCUCAAAGAACCGUGGCGACACGAUUCCAUGUACGCCAUGGUGCUCUCCGACCUUACAGAAAUUGAGAACAAGCUUUCCCAGUGCCAUCGUUAUGACUCGGUCAAAUUUUACGAGCGAACGGCAGAGGAGUUGAGAUCGAACCGAAACUACUGGGGCCCAUGGCUGAAGCUACAGUUCACUUACCAUUGCAUUUUGACUGUUCUGAAUCAUCCCUUCCUCUACAUUGUGGCGUCACAAUACAACGACAAUCUGGCAAUCCCAAACGCUUUUUGGAGACGGUCAUCCGAAUUGGUCUUGCUGCACGCUACCUGGCUUGUCCGCAUGAUAGACAUGGUAUCGGAGAAGAAGAUGCGACUUAUUGAUCCGUUCUUCGGAUACGCUGCCGCCAUCGCAGCUACGGUGCAUCUGUACUACUGCUGUGCUGCGGAUCCCCGACUAAAGUACAAAUCCAAGGUUGAUUUUACAAAAUGCCGAAGGUUCCUGAAGAGCUUUGUGUCCUUUUCGCCUGCUUGUGGAAUCUUGGAUGAAACGUUGGACAAGAUGACUCGAAUUGCUUCGGGGUCGGAAAACAUCGAUCAUGAUUGGGAGCCUGAGAAGAUUCAUCUCAGUAUACCUUUAAUGUGGGAUGUUCUUCAAGUCAACUGUAAACCCAAGCCACACGAAGUCUCCACGGGUGGUUUGCUACAUCCAUCAUUGACCCCGACCGUCUCAACAGAAGAGGCGGAGGAUAGCCUAGCCUCGACUCUAGAGGUCAUUGUUGCCAUGUCUCCAAAUGUCACAGUUAACACUGCGGAUGGUGGUCAAGCUGCCCACAUUCCACCAACCAUGCCGCACAUAUCUUCCACGCCAGCUUCUCCUGACCUCGAGUUGGGCGAGAAGCUCGUUGCGCCGCCCGACAGUUUAAUGACCAAUACCCCCUGGCUAUGGACUGAUCCCUCACAAUUUGUUGAUAUGGAGAACAAUGUGGGAUAUCCAGAUUCCGAAUCCGCUUUCGGAAACAUUGACGGAUUUUCAACUUGGUGGGACUUCGGAAACUUAUAG